AUGGUUGCACCUCAUCACACUUUUUUCUGUAUGGACUGCGCCUAUAACAUAAACCUCUUUUUUAGGAUUUGGGACUUGCGCACCGGACUUUGCACAAAAGUACUACCAGCCCAUGCUGACCCUGUUUCUGCUGUGUCGUUCAACCGAGAUGGUACACUCCUCUGCUCGAGCUCCUAUGAUGGCCUUGUACGAAUUUGGGAAACUGCCAAUGGUCAAUGUGUCAAGACUCUUGUGGACGACGACAAUCCACCUGUGGCAUUUGUGAAAUUCUCCCCCAAUGGCAAGUACAUCCUGGCUUCCACGCUAGACAGUACUUUGAAAUUGUGGGAUUUCACAAAAGGCAAAUGUCUGAAGACCUACACCGGACAUGUGAACCAGAAAUACUGCAUAUUCUCAAACUUCUCUGUAACCGGUGGUAAAUGGAUUGUAUCCGGCUCGGAGGACAAGAAAAUCUAUAUCUGGAAUUUGCAAACCAAGGAAAUCGUUCAAACGAUUGAUUGCCAACAAGAUGUU